AUGGGAUGUGUGGCAAAAUAUCUAAGCCUCGCAGACAGCCUCACCACAAUUCAAGAGUGCAAAGAUCAAUAUGCUCUUACAACAGGAGAAAAGUUAUGCAAAAAAUACAGAAAAAUCACCAUUAUGCUAAGUCUCACAGAUGACACACCAAAAACCCUUCUCUUCCAGGUUCUUAUUGCUGCAAGACCUCUUUCAGCUGAACACCUUUUUCAUGAAGCAUUGCGAGGGCCAGACUAUGUGGAUGAAUCUGAACUUCCCCUGUGGGACUCGGUACCUCCUUACAAACUACCAGAUCCUUCCAAUACACCAGGAAAAGCUCAAUUCACAUCCUCUCUUGUUGAUGUGAUGCAUGGGCACCACUUUGGGCUGGAGAAGGAGGCAUAG